GUCCGAGGAUCGUACAACAUGCUCGCCGAGGCCGCGUACGCGGUGGGACUUUCCCACAAGGCGAAUAUCGGGGUGGAUGCGCCGUGCCAGCUGGACGAGGGGUCAUCGUUCGUUGCAGGUAUUCCAGGGAACGACCGGUACACAGCCGACCUCAACAGUUUCCGCUGUAUGUAUUCGGCGUUUGACCUCUCGCUCGAGCUCAACUGUACUGGCACAUGUUUCUACGCCUACGAAGGAGACCCCUUGAAGUGGGUCAAGUACGGCUGGUCGAUCCCCCUGGACGUGCCCGCGGAAGAAAGUCCGGGCGGGGGGGGCAGCACGGAUGGUGACCAG